AGCCUACUCAGCUUGAGCUUGUGUUUCGAACCACCAUUCUAUCUUUUGGCACUCACUCCUGGAAGUGGCGGGAACAAUUUUAGACACCCUGCUACUCGUUGUGUACUCGGCUCGAUACCUGUCGAUUUACUUACGCUGGAGGGACCAGGUUCACUGAUUCAUCAUCAGACAGCGCCGCAGUGCUACUAAACCGGGAACGGCGGCUCUGCGACAUAGUACUCAGGCCGAAAUAUCGGGCUACUCUCCCCAUAUUUCUCGAUUCUUGGGGCUACCGACGGGAGCAUGUCAAGCUCGUACUCGAGUCGCACUCCACGCCAUCGACCUGCUACCAUCGCAGAGCUUGCUGAGCAAGCCAAGGCCGAUCUCGAUGCUUCCUCUACGCAAGGCUUGAAGAACUGGUUGCGCACUGCAGAGAGGGCUCGCAAAAGCGGUCAACUUCACAAGGAGAAUGGUGAUUACGAGGCUGCAUUUGUAGAAUUUGCGAGGGCCGCCACGAUCGUCCUGGACAAGCUACCUUUGCACCCGGAGUAUACUGUGUUGCUUAGUUCCGAGCAACGCCAAAAUUUGGGAAUUGAUGCUCAUUAAUUUGCGUUAACAGAACGGACAAGACAUACUCAAUCAGCUCUCGGAAUGCAAGAGGAUUUUAGUAGAAAGAUAUGAAGAUUGGUACAAGGGUGUUAGCAGUAGCCGUUCAUCCUCUUCAGAACCGCCUCAAUCCGAAUCUAAAGACGAGAUCGUUCGCAGAAAGCACGAACAAGAAAGGCGCACACUCGAAGAGGAGAGGGCUCAACAAGCACUUGAGGCAGCGCGUCAAGAACAAGAAUGGAGAAGAACGUCUUUAAGCCGAAGACACACAGAGGAAAGGUUUGGAGAAGGUUCAUCAUAUCCAAGACAGUCGAGCGACUCGAGGCGCAGAGACGAUCUUGCAGCUACUGCAGAGCAGCGAGCUGCGGAAGCCCGGGAGCUGGCCGAACAUGAGCGCAACGCUCGUAUGCGCAGAGAGGAAGAUGCCCGUCGACAAGUGGAGGAGGAUGCAAUCAAACAGAAACAGCGAUUAGAGGAGAAACGCAGACAAGAACAAGAUGGCAUCCUUCGUAGGCAGCAAGAGGCAGAGGCAGCGGCGCGUGCAGCGCGUCGAGAUGUUACCUAUGGGCAAACGUCUGUGCCCAAUGUCCUCGCCAGCAGACCGGAGCAGAACGUGUACAGUAAACGAUCCAACGACGCGGAUGCAGGCCGUGGGGAAAUUAGUAUGCCUGUCGCCACACCUCAGCCGUCGCGUCCUGCAAGCUCCAGUCAGAACGCUGUCUUGCAUUCGUAUCUUGAUGCUACCAUGCCAACUGCAAUGCCUUUGGAGAGUCCAAACCGAUUUGACUACGAUUCGUCAACGGACGCUGAAGGUACUGGUGAAUCCAAGAUGCUAUGGCAGCGGUCUCGCCAUGGUGGAUCAGCAAAUCAAACACCAACAAAGACAAAGCACAAUGCCAUCGUCUAUCCUAUUCCUGUUACAACUACCUCCCCCGCACCUCCCGAACUCGGUCAUGUCCAGUAUCCCAAACUUAUGUCCCAACAUCAACUCAAGCAAGGAUACGUCCCUUCGUUACAGUCCAUGUUCUCUCAGUUGUCAAUGGAUCCAGCCACUUCCAGCUCGUCAUUGUUAUUCGAUGCAAAACCUUCUGGUGAACUAUACUCGAACCUUCUACCGCAUCCUCCGGCCUCGGCUCCUCCAGGUUCAACCUCAUACCCCGGCAUGCCUAUGCCAAGUGCACCUCAAUAUCCACAUACCCAUACACCAUCACACAUUGGCCUUCGUGGCCCCUCGCCAUCAGGUGCCAGGCCGCCUCCGCCUAUUCCACCGAAACAACCAUUACCGCCUCGCCCGAUACCAAACGCACCGCGUAUUGUUCCAGGCAAUUCAAAGGAUUCCGACAUCCGCGAGCUCAAGAGCAUUCGGCUACCCCGAGAAUGUCUACCUAAGUUCUUGUCUAUCGCGAGGGUGAACACUCUGCAAAAUCGUGAGACCUGUGGGCUGCUUCUCGGAAAAGACAAGGGCAAUAAAUAUAUCGUGUCGACAUUAUUGAUACCCAAGCAGCAUUCAACUAGUGAUACUUGCACGAUGGACGAGGAAGAGCUGGUUCUUCAGUUUACCGAGGAGCGCCAUUUGAUUACUUUGGGCUGGAUCCACACACAUCCGACACAGUCAUGCUUCAUGUCGUCUGUCGAUCUACAUACACACUCUGGAUUUCAGUGUAUGCUUCCGGAGUCAUUUGCUGUCGUGUGUGCACCCACCUCGACACCCACAUUUGGCAUUUUCCGUCUGACGGACCCGGAAGGUCUGCACACCAUUUUGAAAUGUAAUGCGAAGGAAGCUUUCCACCCACAUCCCGAGGUUCCCAUCUAUACCGAUUGCGAUAAUAGUCACGUCCAAAUGAAGGAUAUGCCAUUGGAGAUUGUGGAUUUGCGGUGAAUUCUCUUGCUUUCGUCUGCUUUGGAAUCUUUUCUUGCUUGUAUAGUUGUAUUUUGUAUUGUUGGAUUCUUACCCAGUUCUCAAAUUCAUUCUUUGCAUCUACUGCUCG